AUGUUGGAGGGUAAAGCUUUGAUAGAGGGUACUGAUAUGCCAGUUAAGAUGCAGAUCCAAGCGAUGGCAUCUGCUUCUGAAGCUCUGGGUCUCUAUGACGUUGUUGAUUGCAAAUCCAUUGCUGCCCACAUAAAAAAGGAGUUUGAUACAAGAUAUGGUUCUCGAUGGCAAUUUGUGGUAGGUUCAAGUUUUGGGUGUUUUUUCACUCAUUCCAAGGGAACUUUCAUAUACUUUACUCUGGAGACUCUGAAUUUCCUCAUCUUCAAAGGGGUUUCUUCUUCUUCUUCUUCUUCUCUUCUCUGAGUAU